UUUUCAAUCUCCAAAUAACAUAUCAGGAUCAAGCAGCCGCUGGCUCUCGCCCAUCAUUUUCACGAGAACAUUCGCCCUCAUAUCACGCAAGAUGGACUCGAGAUUAGCUUUUCUACGGCAAGCAGAAGCACCGCCGUCACCACAGACGUACUCAUUUGAGAAUGAAACGCCUGGCGCCAGAUGCGAAAUUGAGCUGAGAUAUUGGCCUGCCAAAGCUGGUGGAUUUGAGCCUCCCAAAAAGAUCAUCAUCUUUCUCCCAGGCAAUCCGGGUCUCCUCGACUACUACCCACCCUUCCUCAAACACCUCCACUCUCUCCUGCCGUCGAAUCACGCUAUCCUUGCAACAUCAUACAUAGGACAUUCCCUAUCGGUCCCCGGGCCCACAAUCCCACUUACCUUGAAACAGCAAAUCGACAGCAAAGUAGAGCUCGUCCAGUCCGUCAAGGCUUACUUGGCAGGUUGGGCUAGAGAGAGAGAAUGCUCAAAAUCAGAGAUCUCCUUGGUGGGACACUCUGUGGGGGCGUAUAUGGCUUGCGAGGUGAUGAAAAGGGUCAACUUCAGACACGAAAGAGUGAUCGACUCUGGAAUCAUUCUUUUCCCUACUCUGGGUUGGAUCGCAGACACUUGGAAUGGGUGGAUGCUUUGGCCUAUUUUUCACCGCCCCAUAAAACCUCUACUCCCCCUGGUAUCUCCACUUUUGCGCCCUCUGAUUUCCUUCAUGCCCCUCCCACCGACCAGCCGCUCCUUCCUCCUGUCUCCACCGGUCAUACAAGAUGUUCUGGCUCUAGCUUCCGACGAAAUGGAAGAAAUCAAAGAACUUGAUUUGAUAUGGUUCAAAUCGCAAGGACUGGAUCUAGGACGCUCUGAGAAGGGUUUGUUCGGAGUCUGGGCGGCGGGAAAAGGAGAUAGUUGGGUGGGUAGAGAUGGGCCUCUGGUACAAGACUGUCUAGGAGGGACAGAAGGUGGCAGGGUAAAAAUGCUCGAACAGGUUCCACAUGCUUUCUGCCUCACCCAGGAGCACUCAAAGCUUGUGGCACAACUCGUGGCUGCCGCUGUAUCAGACGGUGGCUGGACCUCAGACGAUGCUACACUUGCGGGGCCAGCUGACAAGGCCCCUAUCGGAUCGAACAUCGUUCCGAUGUAGAGGCAUAUAUGUCGUGAAUGCGCGGUUCAAUCAUUGGUCAAGAGACUUCAUAUCAUACGUACACCAUCUAUUUGUACACCGAGCUUGAUCUACUACAUGGACGUCAAUUUCAUCACACACAUUCGAACAGGCUGCCACUUACCUUCGCACCCAAACCGCUCCACC